AUGACGGACACAACAGCCCAGCCGAACCAGGAUGUGACCUCUCAGAGUUCUAUCUGCGUUAUUCCUGCCAAGGAGAUCACUCCAUGUCGUAAGGAGAAAAUUAAAAGCCAAAGCCUCGUGGCCAUGUACAAGAGGGCAUACCAUGAGGACCAGGAAUCAGAAGGCCGACCACCUACACCCACUCUCUUCGAUCGGAAGUCCCAGGAUCUCCAACGCAAACACCAGCAGACACUGAACAACAAGAUCAAAGUCUUCGAAUACGUGCUCGGUGAUACACCGCAAGUACCAGACAACACAGGCAACACAGAGACGCACACAGAGACGCACACAGAGAGACUGAAAGCAUUCUAUCGAUUCAAAGUUCUAACAUCUCUCCUCUUCUGCGCCCAGUACGUCGACAACAAAGAUGCCGACAGCGCCGAUAGAAAGGUCAAGGACGCCAUGUUCAUCGCUCAGGGUCAGAUGUCCGAAGACGAAAUCCUCAUUGCGAAGUGCGAGUUCUGGCACGGUCGAGUCGAAUUUUUGCGCGGAAACAUGCAGCUUGCACACGCGCAUUUCCUGGCAGCUAAUUGUUGCGCCAUGGAUCCGGAAGAGGGCGUCGAAUGCAUGGAUUUGAGCUUUUAUCUCGAUGUUACCAGGCAUGGCAUUAGUGAGGCUACUCGGAAUGCCAGACUGCUGGCUCAUAACGAGGCCAUCGUGGCCGAGAUACCGUUUGAUAAGACUGCGAACAAUUCCGUCUCGGUUGAGACUAAGCGCAAGCGACCUAUUUGGACUUGGAAGCGUGCCCUUGUGGAAAUGGAUCAGCUGCCUUUGUUGAGGGUUAGAAGGCCUCCGACUCGAGCACCGAGUCAGCUGAGGAUUUCGGAGGAACGUCUGGCGCAGGAAUUGGAGAAGGAACAUGCCAAGGACCAUCAUGUACUUGGGAAGACCCUUGCUGAAGAACUUGGAUUCGGGUCUGAGGAUGAGUUUGAUUCCGACUACGACUCUGAUACAGAGACUAGGGACGACUCUGAAGACGAGGCUUAUUCCGAGGAAGGAUCUGACGAAGGAUAUGUGGGCAGCGCACACGACGCCACGGACGAAGCUGCGCCAGAUCUCCCUGAGGUCGCCGAAAAAAGCCAAGCAGAAGAGACUCCCACGGUUGCAACCCAUGCUGCGUCCAAUGCUGCGAGGAACCCUCCACCCAGUCCUCCGCCCAAUCCUCCGCGGAAAAUCCCAAAUGACCAAGCCAUGUACGAUGAGCCCAGCCCGGACUCAAACCGAGCCCGCUUCAGAAUUCAAUGCUACCAAAUGGGCCUGACAAAGUCGCUUAACGGAAAGUCCUACGUGCGCCCAGAGGAACCAUUCGUCUUCGGAGUUCCUCACGAACCGACACAACAAACCAAGUUCACCGUCGGGGCUUUUAAGGUCGGUCUCGAGAAACGCGCACGUCCAAUGACUAUCUUCCCGAGACAGCCUGGUGAGAUUGUCAUGACGCCUGAGGAGUGGGGGAGUAUUGAGAAGGAAGCGAAGGAGAUGAUCGUUACUUAUGAUUUUCUGCAGUGGGAGCGAAAUGAGUUGUUGAGGGUUGCUGUACGGGGAGGCGUGAGUUGGGGAGAUGCUUACUAG